UGGCGCAGCAGUUUUUGUUUACGCGACACUGAGGUGCUCUGCGUAAACAAAGAAAUUUCACGGACAACCGCGGUAACGUUCACGAUGGUCUCGGGUUUAGGCCGAACAGCUAGUGAAAUGUUAGGAACAUAAAAACCACUAGUCGGAAAAAAUCAGAGUUCAGUUCAGUAGAGCCCAGCUCGGUUCAGCACAGACCAGACUCAAUUUCUGAAGAAUUAAGUGAAAAGUUAAGUCUAGUUCGGAGUGUAAUACAGUAAGCCGUAGGAGUAUGCAUAGUGGGCAUUGUGAGGGUCAAGUAUCUAGUGACCUCAAAAUCAAGCAAGAAAUAAUGUUUUCGGAAGGCAUCUAAAGAAGUGAAAAUUGCUGUAAUGAAUAGAGAUUUAACAGAUUCAUGUGUAGUGUUUAAGAUCACCAUGAAGUGUUGUGAAUAGAUUUUCUAACUAGUGGAGUAUGCACUAGAUUGUACUGCAGUAGGACAUACGUUCAUAUGUGCGUAAACUUAAUGAUACGCCGAACUUAGUGAGACUGCGUGAAGUGUUAGCCUUAUUAACAAUCGUUAGUGACUUUUGUUAGAUUGUGGGAAAGAACUCCCAAAACAGCCUAAUCCUGCACUAUUGAGAAUAAGUAGCUGUUAAGUGAAAAGCAUAAAAAGAUAAACUAUAAACUCAGAAAAAAGGUGAAUUUCGUGGUAUUACUCCGUAUAGAACUAAAAGAAACGUCAUCUUCGUUAUUCUGCCACCCGCCACCGCUCGGCCGGGAGCCUACACCUGAAUUCGUUUGUUUCUAAUUUCGCCGAAAGUGACCUUAUAACAUUCGCUCAAAUCAAAACUCACUACACUGCGAAACAUCCCAUCGAAACUGGUCUGUUCACUGCGAAAACACGCUCGGAAACACUGCAAGAGCUGUACGAUGCUGCCGCCAAGACACCCGUUUCGGCAAUGGCCGAAAUGGAUCGGCUCGUGGGUCGGGAUGGAUCGGAACGUCGCAGCUCAGAUGCUUUCCUGUGCACACCCGUUCUGGGAAGAACGCGACGGAAACAUCGUGCUAAGAUUGACAUGGAUAUUGAAACUAGAUUACCAUCAGCAGUUGAGGAUUUGAGAAAAUGGACCUCAAUCGAGGCCAUAGGCGAUGUAACAGUUCCUCCGGAUUGCACCGCGCGUUUGUUGGGAAACAGCUCCACAAUAUUGGGAAACAGCUCACAGAAUCCAUCACCUUCGUACCAAGCUGGAACCAGCACUUCGUUCGAUGAAACCGAUGACAUUAUCGUGAUUGAUAGCAGCUCUAGAGGGCUGAGCCGAGAGCAGGAUAUUCCACUCGACCACAGGUUACCCUCGCCGGAAGAGCAGUGCCAGAUGAUUGCACUGAAAUUCCCCGCGGAAACUAUCCGAGUAGAUACCUCUGGACGAAGGUUCGACCGAAUGUGUUCAACCAGGAAGUCACUGUUGCAUUUUGUAUCAGCGUCCGAACAAACGGAGCCUAAUGCCACCCAGGUGGAUGGAAUCGACGGUGAUACAAUACGACGACGAUCUAGACCGCGACGAUCAAGAGGAAAGCGCCGAAACACUAUCGCGGGAACGGAUCAGAAGGAAAUCGCCGAAGUAGUGAAUAAUGGGGACGAAGUUACAACUUCCUCUGCUAUCUCUACUAACCUGGUGCCUCGUAGCAAAUCAAGCGACAUACUCAAGAAAGAAUCUCCAUCUCCAUCAGCAGACAACACCUCCAAACACACUACCAAAACGUCCCAUUUCAACUCCCUCAAGCAAUGGGGACGCAAUCGUUUGCGAUUGAUUAACCGCGACUCGAAAGACAGAGUUCAGGACAUUGAUGACUUCAAUAUCACUGAUACAACCAGAAAUAGCAAGCGUAAGAGCUCCGACAAAGAUAUAAAACUUUCGCACGAUCGAAAGCCAUCCUAUUCUUCGUCGGAGAGAAGUAUAGUUGUCGCGGCCAGCACGGGAGCAACCGCUAGUAUGCCAGCAUCCAUAAACCCAGUAAAACUUCGCGAGUCCUCAUCAAUUCGACGCCAACGCCGCACUGCGCUUGGUAAUAAAGACGAACCACACUCAUCCAGCGGAAACUGGAGUGCCAGCUCGGAAUCAGGAAGAACGUCGAUCGGUAGUGAAAUCACGACUACUACCCAACCCAAAUCAAGUGCCUCUAGUACAUCAUUAAAUCACAAUCAUCACACGAUUUCCAGUGGACCACCAAGUUCAAUAAUCAGUCGGCGUAGAUUUCUUAAUACAUCUGCUUCCAGUAGUGUAACAAGUGAGGGAACCGCAACUCCAGAUUUGCAAAUGUAUGACUAUCACGACGAAGGAGGCGAAACAAGCUCCGUGUAUUCAUGCGAUACUGAAGGUUACUACACAUCUUUUCACGUUGAUUCUGGCUUAAAAACUUUGAAAGAAGAAGAACCCGCAACGCCCAUGCAUUCAACUACUGCGCUCUCAAGCACAACAUCAUUUGAGAGCUCGGGUAAUCAAACUGUUAUUUCACCAGAAAACGAGUACGAGUUGUUCGGGAAGGGCUCAACUUCAACAACCACUAGUUCGGCAGGUACGAUUUGUACAGUAUUAGCUGAAGGUAAUCGAAAUUCAAUAACAGGACCGACAGUUCCUGAACGAAAAAGCUCAUUGACUAAGCUUAAUCGAAGUAAUAGCACCGCUAGCAAUGGUACCCUGGAACGCAGCUAUUCGAGUAGCACCGUCGGAAGCACAUUGGAAAGAACAGGUACAAUCAAGCGAAAUGGACAUUUGUUGCAAAAAGAGGUAGCUGCUUUGAUUCAUCAGGAAGAAGAAAGCAAAAAAAAUCGAAUUGAGUCACCGGAUAGUGGAAAUAACACCAGUUCAUCUCCGAUCGAAUCUAAUUCCAACUCCAGCCCAACACAGCGAAUGAGAAGUUGUUCCGAGUUUGAGUACUCAGAGUCCUCCGACCUGGAAUGUGUUGACAGGAUCGAGAGAAUUCGCGAGAAGACGACGAUCAACACGAGCAGAAUACCGUCAAUGUGUAUAAUCACUCCAAACAAUAGUGAUGACGAAAAUGGUUCACUGAAGCGAAAAAAAGAAAAACCCGUUGACAUAUCACACGAAGAACCGUCCGAUUUCAAGAAAGAUUCCAACAGCUUUAAGAAAAAUAGUCUACUACCGCUCAAUAGCAUGUUUGAUAAACUGCGGGGAGUAUUGAAAAAAUCACCCAGCAAAGAUAGCUCCAUAACGGAGAGUACCAACAUUGACCCGAUUUACGACGUUACUGGAGAGUACGUUCGUAUCGCUGAUAUAAAGAACAGCAAGAAAAAUCAGCACGGUGGUGUUUACUAUUCAAACGAUGUGGUAAAACGUAAUUUGGCUACCGUUCUCUCGGGAAAUUUGAACGAAGAAACCGAAUACGUCUCGUUAAAUGAACUUCCAUGUAAUAUACGAUGUGAGAGUAAUGUUCUCUCGGCAGAAUCCCAAAACACCCCUUGCGGAAGCGGAAAAACAACACGCACUACGAAUGGGACUGCUCCUGAAGGGGAAAAUGCCGACUGUGCUACGAAACGGGGUGCACGCGUGAAACUGGAUGCGCACGGAAAGGUUAUCUACAGUUCGGAUAGUCUAAAGAGGAGAAAAGGUGCGCACACAACCUUCGCGCCGGGUCCAUUUGUGAAAGAUGUAAAUACUACAUCCUCCGCUAGCCUACCACCGACAAACAUUCCUACGGCAAACGGUGUCACUGAAACAGUAUCAAAACCAGCAUCUGCGAAUACUGCCAGCAAUGUGGUUGCAUCUCCCUUACUGAGUGGUGGGCUCACCAACAGAAAAUCGAUUCUAGUGAAACCAGUGAUUUCUCAAUCAGCACUGAAAACGAAAGCAAUCAUAAACGCCAGUAGCACUAACAACAACAGUACCCUGGCAGCCUUACGUAUGGCCCCAAUUGCCACCAUUCUGCCAAAUACCACUGCAGCACAGGACGUAGAAAAAUCAUCAGCAUCACACAUCAUGUCGUCUGGUAUUUUAAAAGGUGCUUACGUCAACGUUCAAGAAUCUAAACCAUCGACCACAAAGCCUCAAACAAUUCAGUAUAUGGAACCAACAUCGGUCCUAACUCAGCAGCCAGAUUAUCCACCUUCGUCCCCUGAGGAGUAUGGCCACUUUUAUGGUUCACAGCCACAUACUUAUACUCUUCCAAGGCGUCCGAUGGUGCAAAAAUCGCAAGGUAUUCAAAUGUCACCAACAAAUGUAAUAUCAGCUCGACCACAUCAUGGCUACGUAGAUUAUGGUCCGCGGGGCAACGAUAUGUACUGGACUCUACAAACCCGCCGCAGACCAAUUCAAAUGGUUCCUUCAGCUUAUCGAGAUAACACUAACACAACGCAACCAAUAGUCAGACCCGUAGAAGAACUUUACUCAACACCAAACAAACUGAAACAUAACAAACUGAAAACAACACCAACUGGCUUUGGAGCAUAUUUUUCACCGAUCGCUAAAAAUAGUACCACAAUAAAUUUGAGCGACGAAUCCAACGCAAGCCUUAAAAUUUCACCAAUCGAUCCUCGUAACACCGCUUCUUUUCAAACCUCAACACCGUCCAAAACUAACGAAACAUCUCUAUCAUCAAGACCAACGCUCUCCGAGGAACUGCGAUAUAAACUAAAACUUCAACAAGUAGGAGUUCGUUCCCAUGGCGGUUCACCUGUCAGCUCUGGUCGAUCAACACCGAAAAACGUUCUGGAAGCCCAGGCACCUCGCGGUCGGCAUAGUUGGGCUUCUAACAGCACGGACAUUCCACAAACUUGCUCAGAUCGUUUGGGAACUCCAAAAACUAGUCUUAUGGAUUUCAAAAAACUGCUACUCGCUCAUGGAUCCAAAACUAAUGUAGGUUCUGUGAGCAAACUAUCCGCUGUAGAGUUACUCAAGAAAACAAAAUGUAAUAAUACACCAGCAACACCAGUGACACCUGUUACUAAUACAGCAGCCAACAGCAACUUGAGUAUCCUCGAUCUUUCUGGCUCUCCGAAGACAUUUGCAUCCCGGCGAAUGAUUCGACAAGGUAACUUUGGCACUAACUCUCCUUCAAAGAUAGGAAACACCUCAAAGUUUUCUGCUCGGGGAGGAUGGCGUUGCAAUAAUAUGCGAAGCGAAGUUAUGUCCACCACCAUACCCGAGGCACAUAGCGAAGAAGACAAUUCCAGUCCGAACAAUUCCGCCUCGGUCAGUCGCUCACAGUCUCAGAGUCGCAAUACCACUCCCACAGCAAGCACAACUGAAGUGAACCCACCAACUGUUGUAGAGGAGGGUGUAAUUGAACAGAAAAUGUCUAACAUUCGGGACAAUAUAUUUUUGCAGGAAGAUGAGAACAAUUUUAUGAAAGGAGAGGUAGCCAUUCUAACUCAGAAAAUUCACUCACCUGCAUUAACUCGGGCUCAACUGCAUGCCCAGAGAGCCCAGUUCUUGAGCAGUAACAAUCAUAUCCGAUCUGCAACAUUUAAAGAUGGGCAUUAUAUGGGAAUGAGUAGCUUUUCAAGUACACCACCAAAAGUCAACGAGAUCAUUUACAACGAACCGAGCUCUCACGAUGAGCAGGGACGAUGUUCACCGAAAGUAGCAGCACCUUCGCUGGAAACAGCGCUUUAAAUGCUUGUCUAUACAUUUCAGAAUAUAAUGCCUAUUUUUAUUACUACUUUACUAUCGAGUCCGUUUGCGGACAGAAGGAUUGAAAUAGUAUGGUAAAGGUAAAUCUUAAAAAUGUAGAGUAUCCAGAAGUGUAAUAGCAGACAUCCAGAAGCGUAAUAGCAGACAAAACAUAAAGUAUUUUUUCAUCAAUGGAAUAGUUGGAUGGAAUGUUAUUGCCAUAAUAGUAAACUGCUGUUAAUUUCUGGAACAAUCUAUAAAAACUCAUUGCAUUUCCAAUUUAUUUUUAUUUCCUCUACAAUUUAUCUUGUACUAUCCUGAAAAUCUUACGUUUUAUUUUAUUGUCAACAAAUUUUCAAAAGUCGACUCUAAAGCGUUUGUGUAAUCAUAUCACUUCAACAAAUCUCUGAAUAAGGUAUCUCGCUUUUUAUUUUGAAAACUUUGGAGCCUUUAUUCAAAAAGAUCGACGAACUCGCACUCUGCAUAGGUACAGCCUACUUUAGCAAAUUCUACUUUAAUAUUUACUCAUUCUUGCUAUCGAAGGAGAGGCGUGUCGAAUAUAGUAAACAACUACAAAUUUCAAUGCCUUUAUACACACUGAAUGGUUCUUGCUUGAUGGUUCAAUACUUAUUUAUAAUUUAUUUAUAACUAAAUAAAAUCAUACGCAAAUAAAAGACAAAGAAAAGUGAGUGUUCGUAACCGAAAAGAAUAAUCGCUUAAUAUGUUGGUAAACCUUUAUUCUCAACUUAUAGUACAUUCAAAACUACAAGCAGGCUGAAUUAAUGAAGCUAGAUUUCUAAAAAAUGUGUUAUUAGGGUCGACCAGAGGCAGCGAAUCGGUCGCUUUUUGGAAUGAAGAGGCAAAUUUAUAAUGAUAUUUAUAGAAAUACAAUCCGCAUAUCCCAUA